AUGGAUGGCAACGUCGAAGAACUCUUGCUUGAAGUAGUUGAGAACCUUGGCCAUGGCCUGGUCUCUGUUGAGCAUCGACAAGCUGGCUUCCUGGUACCGUGCCAAAAACUCUUCAUAAAUGUUGGUGGUGAGCUUCUUUCUGGCAAUCACCAAAGUACGAAGUCCUUCUCUGGCCAUGUUUCCUGUCUCUUCCUCGAGCCAGUCGUUCUGUUGAACGAUCUUGGCCAUCACCGUAUCGGCGCCUUUUUCCAAGAACCACAGCUCUUCGCGGGUCUUGUCGCGAACAAUAAUUCCCAUUCGCUUCGUCUCCGAGCUAAACGGGAACACUUGCAAGAUGUCAUAGUCAAACGUCUUGUUGGUAGCUUCGUGCAAUGUGGUCAAACUAGUACGAUCCCGUUUCACCAAAGACAGACCGACGCUCUUUGUAUAUUUAACAAUGGCAAUUUCGUCUGGCGAUGCAGCCUGGUAGCUCAACUCGCCGUCUUCGUAGGUUGGUGUCACGUUGUGGCAGAUGGCCAAAGUGUUGACAAGGUCUCUGAUCCGGGCACCCAGGUCUCUUCUAGAAGUCUUAACGUGCUCAUUGCCGUUGCGGACGUAUUCGGCCACCAGAUCCAUGCUGUCUCCGGCAUAAGAAACAGUUCCAAGAUGCAAUUUCUUAAGUUCCAUGUCGUUCUGGGUCAAGGUUCCUGUUUUAUCGCUCAACAAGCGUACACCGACUUGCCGAGAUCGAGGUUCACACGCAAAGACACAGGGAUGAUUGUCGAGAACAGAAUUAAGAACCGCAUCACGUCCACGUACCAGUCGCUUGUGAAUCCCUGGCAUGCCACCAACACAAAGGAAAGAAUGAAAACGCACGCACAAAGAAUCUUGGAGAGGUUGUUGAUUUCGAGCUCCAAAAGUCCAGUCUUGACUCCUGGAACAGAGGUGUUCAUCGAUUGCCGGGUGUCUUUACCCGUGUAG